CUGCAAACCCUAAAAACCCUCUCCCAGAAGCAGCGAGAAGACGCAGUUGAGAGAGAGAGAGAGAGAUGGAUCACCUUGCGGCUGCUGAAGAGCACAUUGCGACGGAGAGACUGAAGCGAAAACUCAACGAAGUGAACGCCGCUGCUCAAUCUCAACUCUCCGGCAUCCAAGACCACGUCAAUUUCACUCUUCAGCAAGCAUACUUCAAAUGCGCGUACGAAUGCUUUGACAGGAGCAGCAGCCAAGAGGGUAUUAACAAUUGCGUCGAGAAUUGCAGUGUCCCGGUUCUCAGAGCCCAGAAUCUGGUCGAGACCGAGAUGGCCAAGUUUCAAGAAAGGUUGAAUAGGUCUCUGAUGGUCUGCCAGGACAAAUUUGAGGCGGCCAAGCUUCAGCAGGUCAGAAGCGAUGCCACGAAGGAUUUGGAGUCAUGCGUCGACCAGUCGGUGCAAGAAAGCAUCAAGACAUUGCCACAUCUGGUUGGAAGAUUGAAAGCUUCUCUCUCCAUCAGAGAAUAGAAGAGAGCAGCAUGGUGUUAUUGGGAGUAUUUUCAACUCCAUGUUCAAUUUAUAUUUAUAAUUGUCUUUUCUGAAAUUUUAUGAAGGCAAGAGCAUUUCCAGUCAUCUUGGAGAUGCCACUAGGCUUCACAAACUAUAGACUUUUGGGUGGGUUAUCAAUUGGUUUUAUAUAUUGUUCUGAAGAAGGGGAAACUGUGAAUCUACUACCAUUCUGAGCAUUCACAAAGGCAUGUUUUUAUCUCAAAUGGGAUGUAAUAUUGCCUUCUGCCUUGAAUCAACAGUGGAGCAUUAUACUAUAGCAAAUGGCCUGUUUUAUUUU